AUGGACGGGCACAUCUACGGCAGCCGCGUAACUGAGCUGGAUCCGGGUCAGUGCACGGAUGAAGCGCCCGAACACGAUCCUGAGGGGCCCAAAUACACCGCAAAUCAUGCAUCUGUGGAUGUCAUGGAUGUCGCAUUCAAAAAACUCGACCUCGCUCCUUCGGAAGCCCAGAUCGACUGUACUACUCCCAAGGAGAUUGGUUGUGAUCACAAUCGCAGUCUCGGAAACGAUUUCGAUUACGGUUUCCCCACGAGUACAGCCGAUGAGGAACAAUUUCGAAUGAAGCAAGAGGACGGACAUAGUAAUGAUGACGAUGAUUUACCUCAUGAGACUCUGCUUCUUAUCGACAUGACGAAGGCUCAGCUAGCAGCAUCGCACUGCCGCAUCUGUCGCUUUGUCGCGAAGAUCAUCGAAGCCCAGCACCUCCCAGAAGACAAACACUAUUCGCUGGUAGGAUUUAGAGUGGACUCCACCACCUCUAAUAAUUUCUGUUCAAACAUACCCAACAUUCAAGGAAAAGGAAACACAGGCCUUGCACAAAUUAAGCCUCAUGAUCCGGAGACUGGAGAACAAGUUUGGACAGCCUCUGAUGGAGAGUGGAGCCCGUUCCCACAUCUCGCAAUCACCGAUUUUUCACCGGAGGACAACUCGGUCGAGAAGCGUUCUUACAAGGCCAGCCACAUGAAACUCGAUCAGAUCAAAGGUUGGAUUGAAGACUGCCACAUAAAACACCGCGAAUGUUACAUUGGAGACGUCCAGCAUCUGCUGCAAAACUUGCGUCUGAUUGAUUGUGGUUCAAAGACUGUUGUGCCUGCGCCUGUGGGAUGCCAUUACGUGGCACUGUCUUAUGUUUGGGGACAGCACAACGAUGCUUUUGACGACUUGCAAAAUCCACCAAAGACUAUCGAAGACAGUAUCUAUAUCGCGCAAAUGCUAGGAUACCGGUACCUCUGGAUCGACAGAUUUUGUAUCGACCAGAAUGAUAGAAUGGAUAAGCACACGCAGGUCAGGCAGAUGGGCGAAAUAUAUUCCGCAGCACAGAUUACGCUUGUGGCGGCAGCAGGAAGCGACCCAAGCUAUGGCUUACCCGGCGUCCUGUCGAGGCCACGACUCAUACCGGAAGCCGAGGAAAUCCAAAACAUGUGUCUGAAGCCUCUCCCACGCUUCGUUCAGCUAGCAGAAGUAGCUGAGUCAAGAUGGGCUUCCCGAGCAUGGACCUUCCAGGAAUUCUAUCAUUCCACGAGGCGUUUAAUCUUCACUGAGAACCAGAUUAUCUUUAUGAGUUGCCAACAGAAGAUGGGUAUUGGGCUCAACGUUGGUUACCCCAACAUGGGUUGGCAGGGGAUCAAGGGUCGAGCUGGACCGCUAUUGACCGGGCCGCGGGACAUCUACAGGCCUAUAGCAAUCGGGACUUGA